GUGUUGUUACGGGAGGAAGAGUUUGAUUGAAUGGAAAAUUUUUUUUUAUCUCUUGAUUGAAAGCAGUCCUUAUAUAAACUCCCGGCUCGAUCAUAUCUCACUUCAAAUCUCUUCCGCUUUAUUUCUGUUCACUUCGGCUGAUCCAAACGCAAUAACAAUGAACGGUUACACUAACGGUUACACCAACGGUCACACCAACGGUCACACCAACGGUCAUACCAGAGAAUGUAAUUUCUAUGAGAAAAAUGAUGUGAAGGAGUUUCUUGACAGUAUCCAUCAGCUGAUCUUAGACAAAGCAUUGAAUGAUGGAACAAAAAACGACCACAAAGUCGUAGAGUUUCUUCACCCUAAAGAAAUGCUGAACAAACUUCAACUGGACAUUGGAGAAAAAGGCACUAACAAUGAAGUAUUGUUGAAAUUUUGUGAGAAGCUAAUCAACAUGAGCGUAAAGACAGGUAAACCAGGAUUCUAUAACCAACUUUAUGGUUUUGUUGAUCCAUAUGGUUUGGCUGGGUCAUGGAUCACUGACUCACUCAACACAGCAUUACAUACAUAUGAAGUGUCUCCAGCCUUCACAAUGAUUGAACAUUAUCUUAUUCAAAAAGUGUGCAAAAUGAUUGGAUUCCAAAAUGGUGAUGGCAUGUUUUGUCCAGGAGGGGCAUUUAUGAACAUAAUGAGCAUCCAUCUAGCUCGCUUCCGAAACGAUAAUAAUAUUAAGAAACAGGGCAUGUACAACCAAGAAAGAAUGGUGGUUUUUGCUUCUGAAGGAUGCCAUUAUUCAUCAGUUUUGGCAGUAGGAUUUCUUGGCAUUGGACAGGAAAACCUUAUCAAGGUGAAAACAGACAGCAAAGGGAAAAUGUCAGUCAAACAUCUCCAGAAUGCUGUGGAACUAUCACUGAAACAGGGUCUCAAUCCAAUAGCUGUUGUUGCUACAGCAGGCACCACAGUUCUGGGAGCCUUUGAUCCUCUCAAUGAAAUAGCAGAUGUUUGUGCUCAACAUAACAUGUGGCUUCAUGUUGAUGCCGCUUGGGGUGGAUUUGUACUUAUGUCCAAAAAACACCGAUACAGGAUGGCAGGUGUGGAAAGGGUUGACUCCUUAGCUUGGAACUUCCACAAGAUGGGAAAUGCUCCCAUGCAAUGUAGUCUACUUGUUGUGAAAGAAAAGGGAAUUCUUGAAAAGUGUAAUUCCACCAAUGUGGAAUAUUUAUUCCAAAGUGACAAAUAUUAUGACAAGACAUUUGACCAAGGAAAUAAAACAAUACAAUGUGGCAAGAAGGUUGAUAACUUUAAACUUUGGCUGAUGUGGAAAGCUCGAGGUGAUGCUGGAAUGGCAGCUAAAAUGGACAGAGUGAUGGAAUUAUCUCAGUAUUUGGUUGACCAACUGAGAGCUCAAGAUGAUUUCCGCCUGGUUUUACCUGAAUUUGAAUACUCAAAUAUUUGCUUUUGGUACAUACCACCUUCCCUUGAGAAUCAAGAGGAAACUGAAGAAUGGUGGCAGAAACUCUCAAAGGUUGGACCAAAGAUCAAAGAACGAAUGGUUUCUGAAGGCACCUUGAUGGUUGGCUACCAACCUCUACCCUCCAUGAACAAAGUCAACUUUUUCCGUUUUGUUUUAUGCCAAGAAAACUGUGAAGAAUCAGAUCUAGACUUUAUAAUUGAAGAAAUUCGACGAUUCGGGAAAGACCUGCAAUUUUAAAUCAUUAAAUAAUCUUGGGACAUGAAAAUUUCUUCUCAUUCAGUGAAAUCCUUAUGAACAUUUUUCUGCUGUGAUUUGUAAUAACAAAAAAUUCUCUCUGUUUAUACAGACAACACCAUUAAGUUAUAAUGAUAUUAAACCAAUUAAGUAGAUCAUUUGUGUGUAUGGGAUGCAGGAUUUGUUUGACAUGCAUGGAUGCACAGCUUAGUAUAUAUUCAUCUAAUAUAAAAAUCUAUACACGUGUUUAGCUUACUCUUUUACUGGUUUCGGCAGUUGGACUUGCAGUCCAACCAUGCUGGGGAAUUACCAUCAAAGAAGCUUCAUACAACCCCAGUUCUUUGUCUAGUCCUUAUUUUAUUGACCUCACAAAGAGGAAAGGAAAUGUUGACUUUGACAGAAUUUGUACUGAAAGCAUAAUGGGACAUAGAUAAUUUAGAUAGGUUUCAGCCAUUAUAGGACCAGGCCAUAUCUAACUUAAUAGCACCACCUGGUGAAGUCUUAACCAAAUACCAGAAGGUACUUUUGUCUAAUACUCGGAUUAUGUGCGUGUGUGUGUUUGUGAGUGUGUGUGUGUAUGGUUGUGUGUGCAUAUGUGACAUUAUCUUUAUCAAAGCCAUCCUUCAAUCUACUUCAAAACAGACACAUAUACCUGCUUAAUGUAAAAGCAGGUUUUACUUUUAUAAUAAUAUUUUUAUAUAUGCAUAUUUAUGUGCAUCUUUAUGUGUGUGUAUGUAUGUAU